CCAUUCAACCACUCGCCUCUCUGUUCCAGUGUGUUUACUACACUGCCGAGCAUAAGGGAGACGCUCGUCUUCACAUGCAGCGAACCCACUGAGAAAAACAGUUUUUAGUUGUAUUCGUGACAACACCUCCAAGAGAUCAACAUGCCCAAGAGAAAGACACCAGUAACGGAUGGAGGAGAGAGGGAGGAGCCCCAGAGGAGAUCAGCCCGGUUAUCAUCGAGACCGGUCCCGGCCAAGGCAGAGCCAAAGGCCAAGAAGGCAGCAAAGAAAGAAAAGGCCGUGAUCGACAAGAAGGAGGACAAGAAGACCAAGAAGGCGAAGGAGAACGCAGAGGCCGAGGCCAACGAGGAAAACCACUCUGAGAACGGAGACGCCAAGACCAACGAGGUGGAGGCAGCCCCCGAGGAGGCCAAGGAGGAGGCCAAGUCCGAGUAGCACCACUGCCCAAGCUUCCUCGUCCUCUACAAAUCCCCGACCCCCCCAAACCACCACCCCAGCCAACCAGCCAGCCCCCCUCCAAGUCUCUCACAUGGUUUCCCUCCAAGGCGUAUUGUUAACAGAGGAAUAUUUUUAUCAAUGAUUUUAUAAGUAUCCGUACAGAUUUUUAGCACAAAAAGCAAAGCUGAUUAUGCAGUGGUCAUAUCAAGUGUCUACAAGCAAGAUGAACACACUAAAAUCUUUUUUAAAUGGCAUUUCAUGAUUGUUGAAGGCUUGUUUGGUGUAGAAAGUGCGUCCCACCCCCCCUUGCCAGAUUGGCUAUGUCGUGAGUUGUGUACUCCUGUGUUUCUCCUCCUCGCCCCCAUUUUCCCCUCCUCCCCUCUUCAUCCUCCCCAGAUUAGACCCCCCCCCCUCUACAGUUCAGCCUUUUAUCCAUGUAAUAAUAACGGUUCAGCCAUGUUAAUGGCUGACUCUUUUAGGCCUCUAAAUGUUCAGCGAGUUCCCUUUUGCUUUUGUCUCUUUAGGUUUUUUCCUUUUUCUUUUUUUUUUUUUUUCCCAUUGAACUCGUGUUAAAAAAAAAAAAAAAGCGUGUUGUCCAUAAGAAAGAGGAAGACGAACAUGUGAAACAUUCCGGGAACAGCAAUUGCCUCCGACCCGUCUCCUAGACGACCCUGCGUGUGAAACAGCUCCCGCUCCAUCCACGCUGUCACGUCAGCUUUUCUAAACACUCUGUUUUUUUUUAAACAAUCAAAUUUGGAAACCUUCUCUGACAAAUUGCAGGUGUCUGGUCCCACUCUUAUGUUCUGAAAUUCUCUUAAUAAAAACAAGUCCUGGGAAUUUUCCUCGAUA